AUGAAGUUUGCAAAGGAAUUGGAGGAAGAUGCCGUUCCAGAAUGGAGAGCUAAGUACUUGAAUUACAAGCUGGGAAAGAAGAAAAUCAAGGCCAUCUCCAAAGCCCUCAGGAACCUGCAGAGGACUCCUGGCACCGAGCCUCGUUCUGUCACUUUCGACGGUUUCGCAGAACAGCGCACUCCCUUUACACACUAUGACUUCAAUCUUCAACGAGCCGAAACAGCAAGGUCGACCCAGUCACUACCCGACAUAGAGGAGGUCGCACCAGACGAAGAUGAAGAGCCGGAAGAUAGACCGCAGGUCACCCAGCGCCGAAGUCAUACCAUGUUUGCAGCGUCUCCGCCUAUAUACAUUCCGGGAGCUCAAAUGGAGACGACGCCGGAAAGCACGCCUCUCUAUCCUGGUCAGUCGGUGCGGCGAGUAAUGAAUUAUGGAUCCAUUGUCGGCACGCCUCCAGAUGAAACACCUGGGAUGAUGGCCGCCCUCGAACUCCCCGAUCCCGCGUUGACCCCUGCGCGGACGCGACCACCCACAGAGAUCGAACCAAAAUCCCAGGGCACGACUCCACGACUUCCUCCACCAGCCCAAGUUCCACCAGCGCCGGAUCCGUACCAUGUUGGUCAGACGCAUCAUCCACCUCUCGCCAGGCACAGCUUUGCAGGAAGCCUGGCAAAGGCCAUGUUCCAGCGCGGACGAGGAGGCAAAAGUCAGUCAGUCUCGGGCCCACUGCCGAGGAUGAACUCCAUCUCAGCUUCCCAAAGAUUCCGCAACUUAUUCGCUCCUCGUGAUCUGACCGAGGCCACUGUGAAUGACAUGCAGCUUUCAGCGUACCAAGAGCUUGAUGAGAAACAGGCCGAUUUUUUCACAUUCUUAGAUAAAGAAUUGAUGAAGAUUGAGGAGUUUUACAAGAUCAAGGAAGACGAAGCUACUGAACGUCUGCAAGAGCUCAGGGCGCAACUCCACGAAAUGAGAGACAGAAGGAUAGCAGAAAUAUUGAAGGCAAAACACGGAAACGACGGUACCGGACCACCACAUCUAAACGACAUAAGAAAGCAACCGGCAAAUGUUCUCAAGGAAGGCGUCAAGCCCAACGGAAGUGGCAGCCACCUCAUCCCAAAACCCAUAGGGGAGGUCAUGGGACGACGGCCUACAAUCGGGAAGACCAGUCAAGCCAUGGCACAGAUGAGUUCUCCUCCAGGACCGCAAGCACAAAAGAGAAUCAACGAAGCAAAGAAAGAUUACGUGCGCCGGGACCACGGAAGUGAAAUCAAGUAUACCGUUGCAAAGAAGAGGCUGAAGCUCGCGCUGCAGGAAUUCUACCGCGGAUUAGAAUUGCUCAAAUCUUAUGCUCUGCUGAACAAGACGGGCUUCCGCAAGAUCAAUAAGAAAUACGACAAAGCAGUCCAAGCCAGACCUCCGCUGCGAUAUAUGACAGAAAAGGUCAACAAUGCAUAUUUUGUUACGAGUGACGUCGUUGACAAUCACCUCAUUGCUGUCGAAGAUCUAUACUCUCGGUACUUUGAGCGCGGCAACCACAAGGUCGCUGUUAAGAAACUGCGAUCCAAGGUUGGCACAGGGGAUCACUCGGCGGUGGCGUUCCGCAAUGGUCUUUAUGUUGCCGCGGGUUGUUGUUUCGGCGUGGCUGGCCUUGUCGAUGCUGCCUUUCGACUGAAUGAUCCGAGGAUGUCUGUGCAGACCAGUUACCUACUGCAGUUGUACGCGGGAUACUUUCUGAUUGUUAUCUUAUUCUUGAUGUUUGUGCUGGAUUGCAGGAUGUGGAACAAGAAUCACAUCAACUACGUCUUCAUCUUCGAGUACGACACCAGACAUGUGCUGGACUGGCGACAAUUGGCAGAGUUGCCCUGCUUUUUCCUCUUCCUCAAUGGCCUAUUCAUCUACCUCAACUUUCGGCAAAACUCUUAUGAUUGGUUCUACAUCUAUUGGCCGUUGAUUCUCAUCAUCGUCACCAUACUCAUCAUCUUCUUGCCCUUUCCCAUCAUUUAUCACCACGCACGGAAAUGGUGGGCUGUUACGAACCUGAGGCUUGCCUGUGCACCAUUCUACCCGGUCGAGUUCCGAGACUUCUAUCUGGGCGAUAUGUACUGUUCCGAAACCUACGCCAUGGGCCAGAUCGAGCUCUUCUUCUGCCUCUACGUCAACAACUGGAACAACCCUCCGCAAUGCAACUCCAGCCACUCACGCUUGCUGGGGUUUUUUGCCGCGCUUCCUGCAGUGUGGCGAGCAUUGCAAUGUCUGCGUCGUUACUACGAUUCGCGGAAUUGGUUCCCUCAUCUCGCCAAUUGUGUCAAAUACUGUGGCAACAUCGCUUACUACGCGACACUGUCAAUUUACCGAAUCGACAUGAAUCACACGACUUGGUCCAUCUUUGUCACGUUCGCUCUCGUCAACGGAUUGUACUGCUCCUUCUGGGACGUGUUCAUGGAUUGGAGCUUGGGCGAUUUCUUCGUUCAAAAGUAUCCCUUCCUCCGAGAGCGGCUCGCCUAUAAGCAAGUCUGGAUAUAUUAUUCUGCGAUCGUAGCGGAUGUAUUGCUUCGACAGCAGUGGGUGUUUUAUGCGAUAUUCACGUCGGAUAUACAACAUUCCGCCUUCAUGUCCUUCUUCGUCAGUUUGGCGGAGGUCAUCCGAAGGGGCCUCUGGUCCCUAUUCCGCGUCGAAAACGAACAUUGCAAUAACGUUGGGCAAUUCCGUGCUUCGAGAGAUAUUCCUUUGCCGUACGACAUACCCGAGUCGCGCACGGUGUCUCCUGUUCAGGAGCGCCGGACGCCUAGCGCUCCACAGCCAACAGAGCCUGAACAGCGUAUUGCCACUGGCGUGGACUUGGAAAGCCUAGCCUCACUAGACGCAUCACUUCGUCAACGUCGCACACCUACCACGCCGCGGACCCCUGCCAUGCGGGCCCUUCAACGCGUGGGAACAAUCAUCGGAACUGCCCACGCGCAGGACUUCGAAAGACGCAGAAGACCACCUGAAGAUGAAAAUGGUGGCCCUGACGAUGGAAAUGGUGGUCACAGCAGCGACGAAGACGAGGAGGAGGCAGCGGCCAGUGGAGGGGAAGAGGAGAUGGCGGAGUUGGAGAGACAGAGGGCGCAGGAGAAUGCGGAAAUCGCAGAGGCGAAUCGGUUGGUGGGAGACCGACCAAGACGCGCACGGUAG